AAAUGGAGAAAAUGGCGAGACAGAUCUCUGUAAACCCAACUUUCCUACCGCCGACGCACGGGGUUCUGAAAUCGUUGCUGGAGAAUCCUCUCAAACUGUCCCACGAAGAAGGCUUUGGGAAGGAGAAGGAGAAGGAGAAGGAGAAGGAGAAGGAGAAGGAGAAGGAGAAGGAGAAGGAGAAGGAGGAGAAAUUGAACGACGACAGUUCUGGCAGCAAUGUGCCGCAGUCUGCUUUCUUGGGUCCCACGCUGUGGGAUAAGACCCUGCCUUAUGAUGGGGACUGCUUUCAGCUGGAAUACAUGGACCUUGAGGAGUUUCUCUCAGAAAACGGGAUCCCGUCCGGCCCCAGCCAGCACAACCAGCACCAGCACCAGCAGCCCGCCCUGCCACUGGCACCCGCACCCCCUCCCAUCCCCUCCGUCAUGGACCUCAGCAAUCAGGCGUCCACUUCCAUUCACCAGGCCAUGGGCAACCAGAACUGCAUGCACAGCCCAGGCAGAGCAGUCCUGCCCUCGGCUCGUAACACUCCCAGCCCAGUUGACCCCGACAGCAUUCAGGUGCCCGUGGGCUACGAGCCAGACCCCGCGGACCUGGCCCUCUCCAGCGUCCCGGGACAGGAGGUGUUCGACCCGCGCAAGCGCAAGUUCUCAGACAAGGAGCUCAAACCGCAGCCCAUGAUCAAGAAGGCGCGCAAGAUCUUUAUUUCUGAUGAGAUGAAGCAGGACGAUAAAUACUGGGCAAGGCGCAGAAAGAACAACAUGGCGGCCAAGAGGUCGCGCGACGCCCGGAGGCUGAAGGAGAACCAGAUCGCCAUCCGCGCCGGCUUUCUGGAGAAGGAGAACUCGGCACUGCGGCAGGAGGUGGCAGAGCUGAGGAAAGAGCUGGGCCGCUGCAAGAACGUCCUGUCCAAAUACGAGGCGAGGCACGGCCCCAUGUGAGAGCGUCCUGUCCAAAUAUUAGGCGAGGCACGGCCCCGUGUGAGAGCGUCCUGUCCAAAUACAAGGCGAGGACAUGGCCCCGUGUGAGAACGUCGUGCCCAAAAUCAGUAACGCCACCCCAAAACAAACCCGCCGUCUGGCACGCUUACAAAAGAAGAACAAUUCAAAGUUUGUUACUGUCUAAACAUAUAUAUAUAUAUAUAUAUAUAUAUAUAUAUAUAUAUAUAUAUAUAUAUAUAUAUAUAUAUAUAUAUAUUCUUUUCAAGUGCUGUAAAUCUACUUCCCAUCCCUGAUCUGUUCUUUAUGGUCUGUGCCCAUUACUCUCAAGGGUACGUCUUUUUGUAUGAAAUGUCUCGCUACCAGUUUGAAGUGCACAAGACCGUUGGGGUUCCAGUGAUUGGAGAGUGCAAGAUUAGAAUUUCUAGCUCGCUUUUUGUUGUAUUUCACUUUUAGCGGGUGAUUAUUUGUCUUUUGUCCUAACAUACUUCCAUACGUGCUGUGAGUUCUAAUACUAGCUACAUAGUUAGGUCUUUAUUGACUUGUCUGUGCGUGCUUGUUUGUGUCAGGUUAAGAGGUAGCUCUUCCUAACAU